AUGAAGUUCCACGGGAAGCCCAGGACCCAGACAGCUGCUUUCCUGCCUCUUUGCUGGCUCUUUCUGAAGAUUCUGCAACCAGGGCACAGCCACCUUUAUAACAACCGCUAUGCUGGUGAGAAAGUGAUAAGACUUAUUCCCCAAACAGAAGAAGAAGCAAAUGCGCUGAAGAAAAUAUACUAUGAACUUCAGGUGGACCUGUGGCAGCCCAGCAGUAUCUCCUAUGUAUCAGAGGGAACAGUUACUGAUGUCCAUAUGUCCCAAAAUGAUUCUCGAGCCCUGUUAGCCUUCCUACAGGAAGUCAACAUUCAGUACAAAGUCCUCAUAGAAGACCUUCAGAAAGCACUGGAAAAGGGAAGCAGCUUGCAAACCCAGAGAAAGCGAAGAUCCCUAUCUGGAUAUAAUUAUGAAGUUUAUCACUCCUUAGAAGAAAUUGAAAAUUGGAUGCAUCAUCUGAAUAAAACUCAUUCAGGCCUCAUUCACAUGUUGUCCAUUGGAAGAUCAUAUGAGGGAAGACCUCUUUUUAUUUUAAAGCUGGGCAGAAGAUCACGAGCUUACAAAAGAGCUGUCUGGAUAGACUGUGGCAUUCAUGCAAGAGAAUGGAUUGGUCCUGCCUUUUGUCAAUGGUUUGUAAAAGAAGCUCUUCUAACAUAUAGGAGCGACCCAGCCAUGAGAAAAAUGUUGAAUCAUCUGUAUUUCUACAUCAUGCCUGUGUUUAAUGUUGAUGGAUACCAUUUUAGCUGGACCAAUGAUCGAUUUUGGAGGAAAACAAGGUCAAGGAACUCUUGGUUUCGCUGCCGUGGAGUUGAUGCCAAUCGUAACUGGAAAGUGAAAUGGUGUGAUGAAGGCGCUUCUAUGCACCCUUGUGAUGAUACAUACUGUGGUCCUUUCCCAGAAUCUGAGCCAGAAGUGAAGGCUGUAGCUAACUUUCUUCGAAAACACAGAAAGCACAUUAGGGCUUACCUCUCCUUUCAUGCCUAUGCUCAGAUGUUGCUUUAUCCCUACUCUUACAAAUACGCAACAAUCCCUAAUUUUAGUUGUGUGGAAUCUGCAGCUUAUAAAGCUGUGAAUGCACUUCGGUCAGUAUAUGGAGUAAGAUACAGAUACGGACCUGCCUCCAGAACAUUGUAUGUGAGCUCUGGUAGUUCCAUGGACUGGGCCUACAAAAAUGGAAUACCCUAUGCAUUUGCUUUUGAACUACGUGACACAGGGCAUUUUGGAUUUUUACUCCCAGAGACGCUCAUCAAACCUACCUGCACAGAGACCAUGCUGGCUGUGAAGAAUAUAACAAUGCAUCUGCUGAAGAAGUGUCCCUGAAAGGU